AUGAAAUUGAAUUUGCAAAAUUUACAAAAGAAGGUUUGUUUGAAAUCAAGAAUGAAAAUUAAUCAAUUUGAAGAAAUUCAAAAAAAGCUAUUGACUAAUUGUAUUUAUUUACAAGAUGAGGAAUUUACAGUUUGUGGAUUGAAAUUUUAUGCAACACCUUGGUGUCCAAACAUGUACGAUUGGUUGUGUUUGAAAUUUGAAAAACUGAUCAACCAGCCAGAGAAGGUGAAGGAUUUACAAAAUUUUGAUGAUAAAUUCUUUUUCAAGAAUGAUAAGGAAUUGGAAAAGAUCUUUUCCAAAAUUCCAGAAGAUGUAGACAUUCUCAUAACUCACUCUCCACCAAAAUUCAUUCUAGAUUUCAAUGAAUUUGGUUACAAUAGAGGAUGCUCGCAAAUAUUGGCAAAACUAUUGGAUUUACACAAGCUAAAGAUUCAUCUAUUUGGACAUAUCCACUCAACUUAUGGUUACGAAUUUUUGAGAAGAUCCGAUGUGUUACAAGCUGCUUCAAGAGAAAAAGAUCACAACACUGGUCAGUCAACCAAAACUGAACCAAGUAAUGAUGACAUCCUAUUUGUGAAUGCAGCAAAUUCACACAAAUUUCAACCAUUUUAUUUUGAUGUUUAA